ACCUUUCAUUCUCAUUAUAUAUCAUAUGCUUUAAUAUAUUAAUGACAUCAAAAGACUAUAAAGGACCUCCUAUUGGAGUGAUCAAAGAAUUAAACGAAGAAACAACACCAAAACAAGCCAUAUUACAUGUUUACCGUAGUUUAAAUGAAAUCAAUUAUCCUACUACUACUACUACUACUACCUGCACGACCAAUCCUGUUGACCAACCUGACCUUGCCACGAAGUCCACUUUGUGUACCCUAUCCAUUCCUUCUUAUAUGUCAUUGCCUGAUUUUUUAAACUUUGUUGCUCCGGUUGACUCCUUUGUAUAUCACUAUCGUGUAUUAUGUGAUGCUACGCCACAACAAUACAUGGUGCUUAUGACUUUUAAAGACAAUAAGACUGCUCAAGAUUAUUACAAACAAUACAAUAAUAGAAAGUACAGUUCUAUGGAAGAUGAUAUUUGUCAAGUGGUCUAUCUCAAAUCCAUUAUUGAUAAAUCAAGUGGUCUCUCAUCUUUUCCUUUUGGUGAUCAUGAAGAAACUCUCUCAGAUGGUAUAGCAAAUUGUCCUGUAUGUUUGGAUCCUAUGGAUGAAACUCUCAAUGGAUUAUUGACCAUAUCUUGUCAGCAUACAUUUCAUGUUAGUUGUCUCAGUCAAUGGGGUGAUGGAAGUUGUCCAGUAUGUCGGUAUUCACAGAAAUCAAAUAAUGGAAUGACUAUGCUAAUGACCUCGGGCAUUCAACAAUUGCAAUUACAAGAUCAAUCAUUAAUACCAUCCUCUCAUCUACGACAACAACAACAGAAUGAUCGACAAAAACAUAUGAUAUCAUUUGGAUCUUCCAUUUCCAAUUCAUUCCAGGAUGAUUUCGCCAAUGAAUGUCAAGUGUGUGGAUGUACGGAUGAUUUAUGGAUGUGUUUGGUAUGUGGACAAAUUGGAUGUGGACGCGCAAAGAACCAAGGUGAAGAUCAUCAUGCUCUUGGUCAUUAUGAAACGACAAGUCACCUGUAUGCUUUGGAAAUUGAAACGCAACGUGUGUGGGAUUAUGCUGGUAAUGGCUAUGUUCAUCGAUUGAUUCAAAACGUGGUUGAUGGCAAAUUAGUCGAACUACCACCCAACUAUCCUGGUCGAUAUGAAGAAGAUGAUGAUUUUAAUAAUGAAGAAGUCUCUGAACUUGUACAGGGUAAACUCAAUGCCAUGUCUCUGGAAUACUCUUAUUUAUUGACAUCACAAUUGGAUUCUCAACGUAUGUACUAUGAAGAUCGUAUUGACAAGGUGAUGGAACAACUCUCGUUAUUAACAAUGCAAUGCAAAGAAGCUACUACAGAAUGGGAUGGUUUAGAAAGGGAAAAUCGACAAUGGAUACAACAAACUGAUGAGCUUGAUCAACAAAUCAAAUCUAUCAAAAAAGAAAAUAUGAAAUUGGAGCAAAAAGUGACUAGUUGGAAGGACAAGAUUGAGACCAUGCAUAGAAACUAUUUAGAAGAAAAAGAGCUAACAAGUUCUAUAUCACACAACAAUGAUUUGGUCAAGACGGAAAUACAAGCAGCUCAAUCACAAUUGGAUGCUAUGACAGAAAAAAGUAUGGAAUUAAUGGCUUGUCUGGAAAUGGAAGAUGGUUCCCAUUAGUAUAGAUCAAAAUCAAGGAGGAGCAGGUUCUCAUCUCUAUGUAUCUUUAUAAAUAAAAGAAAAAAAUAGCGUUUGCGUUUCCCUUACCAUGUUGAAAUACUUACAACCUUCAUUCACUUUACUUGGUCGCUCAAGUAUGAAUAAAUCUUCUAUUUUCAGGACGGUAACGACCUUGACACAACCAAGCCAACAACCAGUAGAAGUAAAAAGAAUAGAAAAAGAAAAACGAUGAAUACGAAGAAAGAGAGUUGAAAAAAAAGAACUGUGAA